UUUACAUAUCUAACCCACCUUUGUUCAAGCGUUGAUCCUCUCCGACACCGGCGUUCUCUUCACUCCUCCGGUGGAAGCAGUUUUGCGUAGCAGCUCUUCUGCUAAGACCCACGGUACGGAAGUUAAAUCUACUCCGGCGAACAACUCGGCGGCACGGCUAAUUCUUCCGGCAUCUCCUCCUUGACCUGUGCGAACUUCCCUUCAGCGACCUCUCUGUCUCUCUUGCGAAUCUCUCCCUUUCGGUGACCUCCACUUAGAACUGACGUAGACUUGUAGUGGAAAAGCCUUUGGUGCACGAACCAGCAAAGACUCGCUCGUUUUAAGCGGUCCGAUGAUUUACACGGCCAUCGACACGUUUUAUCUAACUGAUGAGCAGUUAAAGAACUCACCUUCGAGGAAGGAUGGGAUUGAUGAAACCACUGAAACCACUCUGAGAAUCUAUGGUUGCGAUCUCAUCCAAGAGGCUGGCAUAUUGCUUAAAUUGCCUCAAGCAGUCAUGGCUACUGGACAAGUCUUAUUCCAUCGAUUCUAUUGCAAGAAAUCAUUUGCACGCUUUAAUGUCAAGAAAGUUGCUUCUAGUUGCGUGUGGCUUGCGUCAAAGUUGGAGGAAAACCCUAGGAAAGCCAGACAAGUAAUUAUUGUUUUUCACCGAAUGGAAUGCAGGAGAGAGAACUUAUCUAUAGAGUUCUUGGACCCUUCUCUCAAGAAAUAUGCAGAUUUGAAGAUCGAGUUGAGCAGAACAGAGAGGCAUAUAUUGAAAGAGAUGGGUUUCAUUUGUCAUGUUGAACAUCCGCAUAAAUUCAUAUCUAACUACCUUGCAACCCUUGGAACACCUCCAGAACUGAGGCAAGAGGCUUGGAAUCUAGCCAACGACAGUUUACGUACAACCUUGUGCGUUCGAUUCAAGAGUGAGGUUGUGGCUUGUGGGGUUGUAUAUGCUGCUGCUCGGAGAUUUCAAGUACCCCUUCCUGAAAAUCCACCUUGGUGGAAGGCAUUUGAUGGAGAGAAGUCUGGAAUUGAUGAAGUGUGUCGAGUUUUGGCGCACUUGUAUACACUUCCGAAGGCACAAUAUAUACCGGUCUGCAAGGAUGGAGACUCGUUUACAUUUUCUAAUAAGUCAUGGGAUUCCCAAUCUCUUCCAGUCGCCAAGGAAGUUCCACAAAGCAGCCCAACAGCCAACGAUGAUCCUUCUAUAGUAAAAGCUACCUCUGGAACUAAUCUUGAAUCAGGGGUGUCCAAAGAUGAGAUGCUUAAAUUAGCCUUGAACAAGCUCAAGGAAUCUAAAAAGAGUGAUGACGAAUCCAAGAGCCUUAUGCCUGAAGCCACUACUAGGGAGGAGCUUGUGCCAAGAUCAAAAUCUGAUCGAAGGGCUGAUAUUGGUGAAAGGAACAAGGAAAGAGAAAGAGAGAGGGAUAGAGAAAGAGAGAGGGAGAGAGACAGAACCAAGUCUCGAGAUCGAGAUAGGGGUCGGGAUUCUGACAGAGAACGUGAGAGAGAUGAUGCAGACAGAGAAAAAAUCAAGGAUCGAGCUCAUCGCUCAAAGGAUAGGGGCAAGGAAUUAGGUGGGCAUUUGGAGAAAUCAAGACACCACUCAUCACGAGAUCGAGAAUACCAUAGCUCAUCUUAUUCUUCACGCGAUAAAGAUCGUCAUAGGCAUCACUGAUAGAACAGGGUUCAAUCAAAAUUUUCUACAAUUGGCGGCAUUGACAUGUACAUGCAGUUUAAUAGUCGGUAUUGGUUUCUUCUCUUGGAUUUAUACCAACUUUAAGUGCACUAGUAUAGCGAAUGAGAGCAUCUUAAUCUAAUGAGAUUGUACAAACAGAGGAAGCAAGCUUGUAUUUAAGGAAAUGAGAAUCCUUACUUUUGGUAAUCACCCACCUUGGCCUGAUAAUUAUCUUUUCAACCAUGUUAGAUGAUUCUUUCUUCCCUAUUCCAUGAGCUUUCUAAAAUAUUUUGCUUCUGUCUGUUGGUUGGUUUUUUAGUACGAACUUUGAGUUGUAUGAAAGCCAGCUUUUAGGCCUAAAAUCAAUAGGUACUCUUGAAUUCUACUACCCUCAGUUAUCUUUUUCGUGAUUAAUCUUUUAUUUUUGUCACCUCUUCUCUGGUUAUCUCGAACUGAUUAUUCUUAGGAAUUGAAAUGAAAUUGAUUCAUAUGAAUAUGAAGAACGUUGAAUGGUUA